AUGGUUGCCUACUCGUCUUUGUUGACCUUCGGGCUUCUUGCUGUUGCCGACCUCGUUGCAGGGCACGGUGCCAUUAUUGCCGCUACCGGUGACGCUGGUGGCACUGGCUCGGCUAUUGGAAUCGAUUCCUCCACUCCUCGCGAUGGAACUAGAAGACGUCCAUUCCAACAGGAUACUACUCGAUUCCAGGGAGAUGCCGCCGAGACCUUCGGCGAGACUCUUCAGGGUGGUGACAACGACCCGGAGACCGGUACAGCUGCGAUCAUGGCCGAAUCUGGCGACGAACUUCCCCAAAUUACUCCGGGUGGAGAAGUUCAGAUGACUUUGCAUCAAGUCAACGGUGACGGCGCUGGUCCCUACACCUGCAUGAUCAACGAUGAUGGCACAGGUACCACUUGGACUCAGAUGACUGUCACGCAACAAGUUCCCGGUUCAAGAGGCCGAGACCGAGAUGGCGAGGAAACCGACUUCCCUCUCACCGCAGCAGUCCCCGCUAACCAAGAGUGCACUGGAACCGUUGCUGGACAAGACAAUGUCUGCAUGGUGCGAUGCCAGAACCCUGCCAGAGCUGGUCCAUUUGGCGGUGUUGUACCCGUUCAGAUGGCUGGGGCAGCUGUCAAUGCUGCUGCUGCCACUGGAGCUGCAACCAACGGAACUGCCAACGCCAAUACCGCAUCAGCAGACCAAAUCGCUAGCGCCAAUACAGCUACCGACAAUGCUACUCCCGCUCAAGUCGCUGCUGAACUCAGAGAAGAUGCUCUCAGGAAGCGAAGACUUCCUCGCCGAUCUUCUCGUGCUUUCCGUGGCUCCGCCUCAGAGAUCGCGUACCGCAACAGACGCUAG